AUGACGGCUGGGCUAUACUACAAGGAUACAUCUGGUAAAAUGGACGUCGUGAAUCCGCUAGCAGCCGAUGCUAACGCAAACAUGGGUUUGAAAAAGCGACACAGCUUUAUAGCAACGAGCAGAAGCUGUGAUAUGUCUGGCCCGUUACAUGCAGACAUUUGUUUUCAAGAACGUCUGAUUAUUCCAGGCGUCGAUAUAAAAGUGAAGUUGGUUAGAUCCCCAAAUAAUUUUUGCUUACUGGCAGGGGGUGAAAAUCCAGCAUACAAAGUUAUUAUUCAGGAAGCAGUGCUUCGCGUGCGGCGUGUGACUGUAAGCCCCACACUGCGUAUAGAUCACGAAAAAUUCCUGGAUAAAACAACGGCAAAAUACCCCAUUUCAAGAGUGGAAGUGAAAUCUAUAGCAAUACCCCAAGGCCUGUUGUCCCUAGAUCGAGAGAAUGUGUUCCUUGGAGUUUUACCGAAACGCGUUGUUAUGGCCUUGGUUCAUAGCGAAGCGUAUCAUGGAAGUUAUGCCAAGAACGCCUUCAACUUUCAUCAUUAUAAAGUCACCCGUGUCGCCCUGUCUGCGAAUGGGGAAACGUACAAACCUAUUCAGGUUCAGUUUGAUGAUGCAGGGACUGGCCUAUACAUACGUGGUUAUGAAACUCUCUUUUCUGGUAUGGAUAAAAUGUUUGCCGACUCUGGGAAUCUUAUCAGUCGUGAAGAUUACGCCAAAGGAUAUGCAUUGUAUGCUAUAGAUCUUACCCCAGAUUUAACCAGUUCGGAGCAUUUUAAUCCUGUUCAGACCGGGAACGUUCGACUAAGCAUUCAGUUUGCUCAAGCCCUACCGCAUACAGUGACCUGUUUGGUUUACGCCGAGUUUGAAAGCCUGAUCGAAAUAGACAAAAGUCGAAACGUCAUAUUUGAUUUUAGCACAUGA